CCUCAGACAAGAUGUCUCCUGUUCUUUUUCGCGUCCGCACGGGAUUUCGGCUUGGGAAAAAGUGCCAGUGUAGGAGUAAGCGCGACAACGGCCGGAUUCUACCCUCCUGCCUGUAAGCCGAGAGAAACCGAGACCUCACGCUUCCCUACGCGGAGACGGACUCGGGGAGGGCGAGGAUAAGGCACCAAUUCCGGAAUUUGAGGGCUUUGUUUCCGAGGGGGAGUGUUACGGAGACGCACCGAGGCCCGGGAGGCGUAGAAUCCUGCUUAUCCACGAAAUGCAGUUAACACAUCAGCUGGACCUGUUUCCCGAAUGCAGGGUGACACUUUUAUUAUUUAAAGAUGUGAAAAAUGCAGGAGAUUUGAGGAAAAAGGCCAUGGAAGGCACCAUUGAUGGUGCACUGAUAAAUCCAACAGUGAUUGUCGAUCCAUUUCAGAUACUUGUGGCAGCAAACAAAGCAGUUCACCUCUACAAACUGGGAAAAAUGAAGACAAGAACUCUGUCUACUGAAAUUAUUUUCAACCUUUCCCCAAAUAACAAUAUUUCAGAGGCUUUGAAAAAAUUUGGUAUCUCAGCCAAUGAUACCUCAAUUCUAAUUGCUUACAUUGAAGAGGGAGAAAAACAAGUAAAUCAAGAAUACCUAAUAUCCCAAGUAGAAGGUCAUCGGAUUUCUCUGAGAGAUCUUCCUGAAAUAACAAAUAUUACAGAAGUUAAAAAGAUAUAUAAACUUUCAUCACAAGAAGAAUAUAUUGGAACAUUAAUGGAUAGUAUCAUUUGUAGAAUGUCAACAAAAGACGUUUUGUGAAAUGGAAAUAAUAACAGGAUUAAAUUUCAGCAUUGAACCAUUAAUUUUAUUUGUAUAUAGUUAGAAUAAAAAUUGCAAACACUU